AUGCUGGGUCUUGACAACGCGGGCAAGACGACCAUCGUCAAACGGAUAAUGAACGAGGAUGUCACUACGGUCAGCCCAACCCUAGGCUUCAUCAUCAAAACUAUUGACUUUAUGGGAUACAAACUCAACAUUUGGGAUGUCGGAGGACAAAAAACUCUCCGAUCCUAUUGGAAAAACUACUUUGAAAAGACCGACACGCUCGUCUGGGUGGUGGAUGCCACUGAUCGUCUUCGCGUGAACGAUUGUCGACAUGAGCUCGCGGGUCUGCUGCUUGAAGAGCGACUCACGGGAGCCAGUUUGCUGGUCUUUCUGAACAAGACAGACGUGGAACAUUGCAUGGACGAGCAGGAGGUUCGCGAGCGACUGGAUUUGGAUUCCAUCAAAACUCACAAGUGGACUAUCCUACCCUGCAGUGCAAUGACCGGCACAAACUUGAAUGAAGGUUUAGAAUGGGUGGUACAAGAUGCCAAAGACCGGCUAUUCCUUUACUAA